GUUUGGAGACUUGCGAGACGGUAUAAAAUACGCUGCGUUUAUGUUCGGUUACGAUUUGAAAGUUUUCUGUCUCCUUCCGCUCCUCUUCCUUCUUUCUCUCUCUUAUUUCGCCAUGUCUUCAAAAUAUACAUCUGUAGAUUUCGAAAUUUUCGGCAAUGUUCAGGGCGUGUGCUUCAGAAUGUACACAGAGGAUCAGGCGAAAAAGCUCGGUGUGAACGGCUGGGUGAAGAACACCAGGCAGGGCACCGUCAUCGGUCAGGUGCAGGGGCCUCCGGACAAAGUCACCGAGAUGAAGCACUGGCUGAGGAACAUCGGCAGUCCCAGCUCUCGUAUCGACCGUGCCGAGUUCACUAACGAGAGGGACAUUUCCAAACUGGAGAUUCGCGGAUUCGGUACUCGUUAUUAAAUUCCGCCUCCCCGACGACGGCUCCUUAACCUUUUCAGAGAGCAUCCGUGAAGAAUUCAGUCAUACCGUCCUCCCUGCUGAGUCACCUUCAUUACCAGGCAGUUUUACUCCACAUACUUUAACCCUAAGUCAACAAAGCAUUUAACCAAAGCCUUAUCUACUGUGUUAUAAAUCCAUUUAUAUAUUUAUUAAUGCAAAGAUUUACAAACUCUUUCAUUGUUUAUUCUGAGUUUGUGACUUCUCCAAAAUUGUGUUACAGUACAGAAAUGCCAAUUGAUUGUUUGCCUUUUAACAAACCUCUCAGAAAUAAAUUAUU